UCUCGCACUUCGUCGCCACCGAGCUCUGCGCAGACUCUCUGAGGCAUGCUUUGUCUCUUUCUCUGUUUCUCUGACUUGGGGGUCACAUCUGUAUGCGCGAAGUUCCGAUAGUGAAAGGAGCGAGCUUCGUCAAGAUGCCAUGGGCGUGUGGGUGCAGGUUGUGGACUCUCUCUCUCUCCCGAUUCCCGAUGAUCGAUUUUCUUGGAGUUUAAAAGUGAAAGGAGCGAGCUUCGUCAAGAUGCCAUGGGCGUGUGGGUGCAGGUUCUCUCCUUGGAGAAAUUUGAACUUUCUUCAUGAAGAAUCAUAGCUUGGGGAUGGUGAGGAUCUCUAUAUAAUCAACUUCCACUUUUUUUCUUCCUCAGUGUCUUUUCGGAUUUUUGUUGCAUAAUAAUCUGCUCGAUCUUUUCGGGAUAAGUGGAAGUCAAUAGGGUGUAGGCGAAGGCAUAAUCAGGAGAGGGAAGAUUAUCCCGAAUCAUUUGGACCAUAGGUCAACUCCCUCCCGAACCUCUUUUGUAGGUACACUUUUAGUGGCUAUUGAAGAAAAAAGAAGGUCCCCGAUGCAUAAUAAUUGGAUGGAACUUAAAACUUCAUGAGCUAGCUUAAAGUAGUUGCAUGUGUCGAUGAAAAAGAUACGCGGUUGAUUCUUCUUGUAGUACAUGAAUUUAAUUAUAGUGAAGCGAGCCGAGUAUGAAUAUGGAUGCAUGGUCAUGAACUCAACACUAGCAAUUGUCAUUUACUAACUGCCAUAUGGAAUGGUUCGAUUCCGAGCAGCUUUUGCUUUCAGGGUUAGAAAGGAGAAGUCUUAAUUGAACCUGUGGGAUCAUGGCCAUCAAAGAUCAAAUUUUUCACCUUUCAGGACCUUGGGGCCUUACUCGCGUUGACUGGAAAAAUGCAGCUCAUGUGAGGGCGGUUGUUGCCUGUUUGGUUCAAUGUGUCUAUGUCCUGGAGCGGGACCGCCAGAAGAAACGUAAAGGUGACAAGGCUCUUACGCUUCCUUGGUGUGAAACUUUCGGUUUUAAGUUGAAGAGCACACUCGAACAUAACGUCGGCCCUUCUAUCUUCGGCCCUUUUAUCUUCGGCCCUUCUAUCUUCGGCGCCAUCUUCGAGUUUAAGCCUCCAACAUCCUCAUGCAACCACUCGGCAGGUGGACCGCGUUUCGUGGUCGCCUUCCGAGGCACCUUGUUCAAAAAAAAAUCGUUGGUUCGAGAUAUUAAGCUGGAUUUUCAGGUUAUCCUGAAUGAGCACCACUCCUCAUCUUGCUGCCAGACUGCCAUACAGGCGGUAGAAGACUUGGUUGCAACUGCCGGCGAUUCUAGGGAGGUCUGGUUAACUGGCCACUCCUUGGGGUCUGCCAUUGCUCUGCAAGCUGGAAAGAACAUGGCCAAAAAGGAAGUGUAUCUGGAGUCUCUCCUCUUCAAUCCGCCUUAUCCAUCUGUCCCGACUGAGAAGAUCAAGAGCAAGUCAUUGAAGCUGACUUUACACUUAGCCAAAAGCGUGCUCCGUGCUGGAGUGGCGGUAGCUAAGCAGUCUCCUUUACAGCGGAAACAAUCCGAGAGUUCUUUUGCGGCUAUGUCCCCUUGGGUUCCUAAGCUGUUUGUCAACGAGGCUGAUUACGUCUGCUUCGAAUACAUUGGCUAUUUCGGGUACGGAAAUUGGAUGCGAAAGCACAGAUUAGAAAAUAUCUACAAGUUUGCUAGUCAGUAUUCUCUGAGAUCAUUGCUGUUCAUGAGCAAGAAAGAGUCACAGGCAGAGCCUUUGCACCUCAUCCCAUCGGCAUAUCUAACAAUCAAUUCAAAGCCGCCGAAGUGGUUCCUGAGUGCGCAUGGUAUUAGGGAAUGGUGGAAGCCGAACCUGGAGCUGGAGUCCGAAGUUUACCAGUGCGAGUAUUGACGGUAUCGUUGGACUGUUAUUUCCCGUCACUUAUGCGUUUGGAUAUGAUGGCGUGAUUGAACUUGCACAAACCAUUGGAUAGACAGUUGUGUUGCUCUCCCUGUGCUGAAUUGUUCGUGUGCUAAUCGAUGUUGCCUGGACCUGUUG